AUGGACCCCGCAACGAUCGGGUUAGUUGAAAGCGAUAUAGAGGAGUUGGUGAAGUGUUACAUCCAGGAUAAGCGGAACCGUGUCAAUGGAAAGUUUAGGCUCGUCUCGUACCAAGUGCGGCGGCUGUGCGAGGAACCGGUCGGGUAUUUGGGAGACCAUUAUCUGCUCGAUGUGAAUCUGCGCGAAAAGAUGGUACAUUACUCACCGGAGGAGGAGGAAAAGUAUGCCGAAGAGGAGUAUAUCAGCUUUUUCGUGAAAGUGAUCCCCGAACACGUGCCAAAGUUGGCUGACUACAUCAAGGAGAUGGGUUGCUUUCGAAAGGAAAUUUUGCUGUACAAGCAUGUGAUUCCGCGGCUGCAGGACGUUAUGAUCGGUACGCGCCCGUUCGUACCCACGGCCUACUUCACCAAGGGCGAACGAAUGAUAGUGUUCGAGAAUUUGAAAUCGGAAGGGUAUAGCAUAGUGGAAAAUACGAAAAACCUGCUAGACUUUGAACACCUCAAGGUGGCAUUGCAGGCCAUCGCCAAACUGCACGCAUCAUCGCUCAUUCUGGAGGAACGGUCGAAAACCCCAAUUCCGAAGCUUUUUGCCGGAUAUCUGAACGAGAAUGCGUACGUGGAUGAUGAUGAUUAUGUGCGGAAGAUUAAUCUCGAAAAUGCCAUCCAGGUGCUGUGCGAGAUGAUCAAGAAAAUUGAUAAAUACGCCAGUUCUGAUAAGCUGGAGGAAAUAUUGGAAAAAGUCCCAGCGGUGGUACGCAAGAUUUACGACUUCGCCAAACCCUCGACGGUGUUUCGCAACGUGUUAAAUCAUGGCGAUCUGUGGUGUAACAACGUAAUGUUUCGAUACGAGAUGAUACCGACGAGCGUGGAUGGUGACAUCAAUGAAGAAGGGCACCCGGCCGAGGCACGUAAGGUGACGUCGGACCGCGAGGAUCAGCAGGAAGCGGAAAAAGACACUAACGUAGACGCUGCAAACAGCCAGCUAAUGGGGUCGAAUGGUGAGCGCGGUCGCGGUCGGAAGCGUUCGUCUAUCAAAAAGCCAAACCCCUGCGAGGUGCUCAAUUUGGGCAAUUGGUCCGCACCGGGUGCUGCCCGUCCAUCGAGUUGCAUACUGAUCGACUUCCAAAUUGCCCGUUACGCCCCACCUGCGUACGAUAUUUUAUCCUUCCUCACCUCGACGACCACACGGGCGUUUCGGGCGCGCUAUCUCGACGAGCUGCUGGACGGUUAUUACGAGUCGCUGCAGGUUGAGCUGGACUGGUUUCAUCGGGACGUGCGGGAACUCUUCCCGGCCGGCUUUCCAUCCUAUCGGUCUUCGUGCGAUCAGUAUCAACUCGCUGGACUGAUCGACAGUGUCCUGUAUCGGCAUGUUACGAUGCUACCGAUGGAGCUAGUUGCGCGGUGCCGGGAGGAACACCGGCUACCGGGCACGGUGGGCAGCCAGUCACGGUCCGCCAAGAUGGAUGUGUGUCUCGAGGCCUGGACACAGUGUGAAGAUUAUCGAAAUUUCAUGACGGACAUGCUAUCGGACUUAGUUGAUCAGUACAUCCUUCGGGUUUGA